AUGUAUCUAGCCGACACCCUAAGUCGCGCUUAUUUACCCUACGAUGGAAGCCACGGUAUCGCUUCAGAGAUUGAGAGCAUUAACAUGACGCAGCACAUCCGUUUGAAGCCGAGUACGCUUCAAGAAAUUAAAGACCACACGCAGAAGGAAGACAGCCUUCUAGAACUGAUUAAAGUUAUCAAGGCUGGUUGGCCUGAAACUAAAGGAGAGUUGUGUCAUCUGGUGUUGCCCUUCUUUGACGUUCGAGAUGAGUUGAGCGUCUGCGAUGGUAUUGUCAUUAGAGGAGAAAGAGUGGUGGUCCCAAAGUCGCUGCCUCGAGACAUGUUGUAUCGUCUGCAUUAUGCUCAUAGUGGAGUUGUAAGCACCCUUUUGCUCGCUAGAGAAAGCGUAUACUGGCCAGGAAUGAGCGGUGAAAUCAAGCAGUUUAUUGAAAUGUGUGAUGUCUGCAGGGCGUUUGACCGGAAGCAGCCCAAGGAGACUCUCAUUCCUCAUGAAGUUCCCGACCGGCCAUGGGCGAAAGUCGGAGUUGACUUGUUCACUUACAGGGGUCGAAACUAUCUCAUUUGUGUUGACUACUAUUCUUCGUUCUGGGAAAUCGAUUGCCUUGACAAAACUACCUCGGGGGCGGUAGUACAGAAGUUAAAGUCGCACUUUGCAAGGCACGGAAUCCAGGAGACGUGUGUAUCAGACAACGGUCCUUAG